UUAGAGUGUGUGGACAUGUUUUUAUAAGUUAAAACUAUAUAUACAACAUAUAUACAAGAUGUUCUCCAUGUGCAAGCAGACGCACGCCGCCACUGCGGUGGAGUUUGCUAUUUCGUGCCGGUUCUUUAACAACCUCGAGGAGAAUCUGGUGGUGGCGGGCACCAAUGUGCUCAAAGUCUAUCGCAUUGCACCCAACGUGGACGCAGCCCAACGCGCAAAGUUCAAUCCCAGCGAGAUGCGCGUCGCACCCAAAAUGCGUUUGGAGUGCCUGGCCAGCUAUACACUCUAUGGUAAUGUAAUGUCGCUGCAAAGUGUCUCGUUGGCGGGCGCCAUGCGUGAUGCGUUGCUCAUAAGCUUUAAGGAUGCCAAAUUGUCGGUGCUGCAGUUAGAUGCCGAUACGAAUGCACUGAAAACGCUCUCGCUGCAUUACUUUGAGGAGGAGGACAUACGAGGCGGCUGGAUGGGACGAUAUCAUGUGCCUGUGGUGUGCGUGGAUCCAGAUGCACGUUGCGCCGUUAUGCUGGUCUAUGGCAAGCGUCUGGUAGUGUUGCCCUUUCGCAAGGACAACAGUCUGGACGAAAUCGAACUGGCUGAUGUGAAGCCCAUCAAGAAAGCUCCAACUGCUUUAGUUACACGCACACCCAUUAUGGCUUCCUACCUCAUAGCGUUGGCCGAUCUCGACGAGAAGCUGGACAAUGUGCUAGAUAUACAGUUUCUGCAUGGCUACUACGAGCCCACAUUGCUCAUACUCUACGAACCCGUGCGCACCUGUGCCGGACGCAUUAAGGUGCGCUCCGACACCUGCGUGUUGGUGGCUAUCUCACUCAAUAUUCAGCAGCGUGUGCAUCCCAUUAUCUGGACAGUAAACAAUCUGCCCUAUGACUGCCUGCAUGUGUUUCCCAUUCAAAAGCCCAUUGGCGGCUGCCUGGUGAUGACAGUCAAUGCGGUUAUUUAUCUCAAUCAGAGCGUGCCGCCGUAUGGCGUCAGUUUGAAUAGCUCGGCGGACAACAGCACAAGUUUCCCCUUGAAGCCCCAGGAUGGCGUGCGCAUUAGUUUGGACUGCGCCAACUUUGCCUUCAUCGAUGUGGACAAGUUAGUCAUCUCACUGCGUACGGGUGAUCUCUAUGUGCUUACACUAUGUGUGGAUUCCAUGCGCACUGUGCGCAAUUUUCAUUUUCAUAAGGCAGCGGCCAGCGUGUUGACCAGCUGCAUCUGUGUCUGCCAUUCGGAGUAUAUUUUCUUAGGCUCCAGACUGGGAAACUCGCUGCUGUUGCACUUUACGGAGGAGGAUCAAAGCACCGUCAUUACGCUAGAUGAAAUGGGAGCGGAGAAAGAAGUUGGAGAGCCGGCAGUGCAACCGCUGGAAGAGCCGCCCGCCUAUGAUGUGGAGCAGCACGAGUCUGCUCAGCCACCGCAAUCCAAAUCGCGUCGCAUUGAAGAUGAGGAACUUGAGGUGUAUGGCUCGGGUGCUAAGGCUUCUGUGCUGCAGCUGCGCAAGUUCAUCUUUGAGGUUUGCGAUAGCUUGCUUAAUGUGGCGCCCAUUAAUUAUAUGUGUGCCGGCGAGCGUGUGGAGUUUGAGGAAGAUGGCACUAAUCUGCGACCGCAUGCUGAAACACUGAACGAUUUAAAGAUUGAAUUGGUGGCAGCCACAGGCCACGGCAAGAAUGGCGCACUCUCUGUAUUUGUGGACAAGAUCAAUCCACAGAUUAUUACCAGCUUUGAGCUCGAGGGUUGUCUGGAUGUCUGGACAGUGUUUGACGAUGCUACACGCAAGGGCUCAUUGGCCAAGCAGGAGCAACACGACUUUAUGCUGCUCUCCCAAAAAUCAUCCACGCUAGUGCUGCAAACAGGUCAGGAGAUCAAUGAGAUUGAAAACACAGGCUUCACAGUUAAUCAGCCGACCAUCUAUGUGGGUAAUCUUGGCCAGCAGCGAUUCAUAGUACAGAUCACCACACGCCAUGUGCGUUUGCUUCAAGGCACGCGUCUCAUACAGAACGUGCCCAUAGAUGUGGGGUCACCUGUGGUGCAGGUGUCCGUAGCGGAUCCGUAUGUCUGCCUGCGUGUGCUCAAUGGCCAGGUGAUAACGCUGGCUUUGCGUGAGACGCGCGGCACUCCACGUUUGGCCAUUAAUAAGCACACCAUAAGCAGUGCGCCGCCCGUGGUGGCCAUUGCUGCCUAUAAGGAUGUGUCCGGCCUGUUUACCUGCAAGUCGGAUGAUGUGCUCAAUUUGACGGGCAAUUCGGGCGCGGGCUUUGCGAAUAGCUUUGGUGGUUAUAUGAAGGCGGAGCCGCAUAUGAAAGUGGAGGAUGAGGAGGAGCUGCUGUAUGGCGAUGCGGGCAAUGCUUUUAAGCUGAACAGCAUGGCAGAUCUGGCCAAGCAGUCAAAGCAAAAGAACUCGGAUUGGUGGCGUCGCCAAUUGGUGCAGGCCAAGCCCAGCUAUUGGCUAGUGGUGGCGCGUCAAAGUGGCACGCUAGAAAUUUACUCCAUGCCGGAUAUGAAGCUUGUGUAUUUGGUUAACGAUAUCGGCAAUGGCGCCAUGGUAUUGAACGAUGCCAUGGAAUUUGUGCCCAUUUCGUUGACGCAGGAAAAUUCCAAGGCGGGCAUAUUGCAUGCCUGCAUGCCACAGCAUGCCAAUUCACCUUUACCGCUGGAAGUCAGCCUGGUAGGCAUGGGUCAGCAUGGCGAGCGUCCGCUGUUGAUGGUGCGCACACGUCUGGAGCUGCUCAUCUAUCAAGUCUAUCGCUAUGCCAAGGGACAUUUGAAAAUCCGAUUUCGCAAGCUUGAGCAGCUGCAUUUGCUGGAGCAGCAGGCCGCCUACAUUGACAUCGACGAGGAGGUGGAUGCCGAUCAGGCUGAGAGCUACAACAUGCAAGCGAAAUACGUGCAAAAGUUGCGCUACUUUGCCAACGUCGGUGGCCUAGCUGGCAUUAUGGUUUGUGGUGCGAAUCCUUGUUUCGUCUUUCUGACGUCGCGUGGUGAGUUGCGCAUACAACGUCUGCUGGGCAAUGGUGACGUCCGCAGCUUUGCAGCGUUCAACAACGUUAAUAUACCCAACGGAUUUCUCUACUUCGACAAUAGCUUUGAGCUGAAGAUUUGCGUGCUUCCCAGUUAUUUGAGCUACGAUGCCGCUUGGCCGGUGCGCAAGGUGCCGCUGCGUUGCACGCCAAGACAACUGGUCUAUCAUCGUGAGAAUCGUGUUUAUUGCUUGAUUACCCAGACGGAGGAGCCCAUGACCAAAUACUAUCGCUUCAAUGGUGAGGAUAAGGAGCUGUCUGAAGAGAGUCGCGGUGAACGUUUUAUCUAUCCUAUUGGCUCGCAAUUUGAUAUGGUGCUGAUUAGUCCCGAGACCUGGGAAAUAGUGCCAGAUGCUUCCAUAAAGUUUGAGCCCUGGGAGCAUGUCACUGCCUUUAAGCUCGUCAAGCUUAGCUAUGAGGGCACACGUUCGGGUCUUAAGGAGUAUGUCUGCAUUGGCACCAACUUCAACUACAGCGAGGACAUUACCAGUCGCGGCAACAUACAUAUCUAUGACAUUAUUGAAGUGGUGCCCGAGCCCGGCAAGCCCAUGACCAAGUUUAAGCUCAAGGAAGUCUUUAAGAAGGAGCAAAAAGGUCCCGUAUCUGCCAUUUCGGAUGUAGUGGGCUUUCUGGUGACCGGCUUGGGUCAAAAGAUCUACAUUUGGCAGUUGCGUGAUGGAGAUCUCAUAGGCGUCGCCUUCAUUGAUACCAACAUCUAUGUGCAUCAGAUUAUCACAGUCAAAUCAUUAAUUUUUAUAGCUGAUGUUUACAAGUCCAUUAGUUUGCUGCGAUUUCAGGAGGAAUAUCGCACGCUCUCGCUAGCUUCGCGUGAUUUCAAUCCAAUGGAGGUUUACGGCAUUGAGUUCAUGGUGGACAACUCAAAUUUGGGCUUUCUGGUUACUGAUGCGGAGCGGAAUAUGAUUGUCUUUAUGUAUCAGCCAGAGUCGCGUGAAUCCUUGGGCGGCCAGAAGCUGAUUCGCAAGGCGGAUUAUCAUUUGGGUCAGGUGGUGAACACCAUGUUUCGUGUACAGUGUCAUCAGCGCGGACUACAUCAGCGUCAACCGUUUCUAUAUGAAAACAAACAAUUUGUCAUAUAUGGCACUUUGGAUGGCGGCCUGGGCUACUGUCUGCCUUUGCCCGAGAAGGUUUAUCGGCGUUUUCUGAUGCUGCAGAAUGUGCUCUUGUCCUAUCAGGAGCAUCUUUGCGGUCUGAAUCCUAAGGAAUAUCGCACCAUCAAGUCGUUUAAGAAAAUGGGCAUUAAUCCGUCGAGAUGCAUCAUUGAUGGUGAUCUCAUUUGGACCUAUCGCAUGCUGGCCCACUCGGAGCGCAACGAGGUGGCCAAAAAGAUUGGCACACGCACUGAGGAAUUGCUUGCCGAUCUGUUGGAAAUUGAACGACUCUCCGCCGUAUUUUAAUGCUGUAAAGUUUACACUUAAGUUGUAGUUGUAA